CUCUGUAUUUGAAUAUUACUUCAUUCUUUCUCCUUAUUCAUAAUCAUCUAUUUUUAUCUCUUUCAUUUCAGUCAUAUUUUCUUCUAAAAUUAUAUUACUCUUGCAAUAUUUUUUUUGGAAAAUGGACAUUUGUUUUCGAAAGUAAUUUCUCUAAAUCAUUAAUUCACAAUCAAUUAAUAUCGUUUAUUUCGGUGCACGUUUCUGUCUUUAUCUUCUCGCAGAAUCUUAGCAUUUGGAUUUCGAGGGGUACUCAAGUGGUAAACGGUGAUUUCUCCCUCCGACACCUUCAACGCUCAUGACGUCAUACUGCCCUUACAAAAUGGCGAUAGACUCGCUAGUUUGUUGGUACAGAGGUGUAGAAACAUAGUUAACCGGGACAUAGAUCAUUCUAUUUAUCUGUCUCAUGGCUGUAUUGUGUUUUAAUGAACGCGAUGUCGGAUCCGAGGAGGUUAACUUUUACUACGAUCGGUCCGAUGGGGAAGGAGAAGAAGAAGAAAUCUUCGCUGCCGCCCACCAUGCGCUUCACACUGGCUCUGAGGGAAUCGAACGACAAAACAUGUCCCGAAUUUUCUUUUGCAGAUUUAAUGAAAAAUGCCUUGGGAGAUUGUAAAAAUACUGACCCAAAUGAUUUUGACCUUGAAGAUCAGAAUGAAAAUGAAAGAUUGGUGGCUUUAGCAAAAUCCUUUGAAGAAAGAUAUGGACCCAAGCACAAUAAACCUCAAAGCAAACGGCUUGAUGCUAUCCAAGAUUUAGUUGAUCUUGGUGAAGGUUAUGAUGAAACCGAUCCCUUUGUGGAUAAUUCUGAAGCAUAUGACGAGUUGGUGCCUGCCUGCCUCACUACUAAACUGGGUGGAUUCUACAUCAACUCAGGUGUUCUGGAUUUUAGAGAUGUAUCUGAUGAUUCUAGUGAUGAAUAUGUAAGUUCUCCUUUGAAAAAGAGGAAAAAGACGAAGAGAAUAAUAACUUCCGAUACCGAAUCAGAUGGUGAGGUCAAGAAGAAAGUGCCAGAAAUAAAUAAAAUAAAAGAAGGAGCUAAUAAUGAAGUAAAGAAAAAAGUGUCUGGAGAAAAAGAAUUCAAGAAACCAAGGAAACCAACAAGUAAAGAAAUUUUGAGGAAAAAAUCUUCUUCUACUGUCAAAGAACUUCUGAAAAAUGCUGUUUCUACCUCAUCAUCUACCUCAAAUAAUGGGCACAUAGAUGAAACAAACGGAAAUAUUUAUUCCCAAACCACCCCAGUUGGAGUGCUGUCUCAAGAGAAAUCUUCAACUAAUAGUGGAGUUUAUGCAGCGUCACUACCACUUAUAACCAGUUCUACAGUUCUGGAGUUGGAGCCUGGAUCAACAGAAAAAUCAAAUAUUAACAAUUUCAAAGAAGAUUCAGAUAGUCGAGAUAACAAUGAAAGCAUUCCCAAAUUAUCUGCUGGAAUUCCAGAUCAUUUGGAAAAAGUAAUUUACCAGCUCAAGCAAGCAGCUGUUGACUGUAUGGAAAGAAAGUCCAAAUUUUUCACAAGUGAAAUUAACAAAAUGCUAUUAGAGCUUGAAAUGGGAUCUCGUGUAUUGAACUGUUCUCAAAGAACAUCAGUUUAUGUUUAUUUAGCAGCCUUUCUGCCAUGCAGUAAAGAAACUCUUCUAAAACGUGUCAAAAAGCUAUUUAUUACUCAACAAGACGACAAGCUUAAGUCUGUCCCAAAAUUGAAAGAAGCUUUGAAUGAAGAAGUACCUGAUCAGUUAGAGAAAUAUAAAAGUGAAUAUCAAGCAGAUAUCAUUAAAAAUGUUGAUUUUAUCACUCCUGAGGAUGAGGAGAUGAAAGAAGAUUCUUCAGACGGUGAAGAAGAAAAAUCUCUUGAGGAGAUUGAGAAAACUUCACUACAAAGAGAUUAUGAAUGGAAUGAAAAAAUGAGAAUUUUAUACAAAAAAAGUAAAGGAACCCAUGGUUCAACUUCACAAAUAAAACCAACCAAAGCUAUGUGUAACCUCAGAUCUCAGGAUAUUUCUGCUGGAACUCCUACCGCAGGCUCACAUUCCAACAGUAGCCCAGCGUUACAAACUGAUAGUUUGAUUGCUUGCCAACAAAAUGCAAAAGCAGAUGUAACACCCAUUUUGACUACUCUAGCUAAUGAAAUGAUGGAUCAUUCACCUACAACUUCUGACAGAUCUGAAGAUAAAAGUUUGUGGAAUGUAUUAGAGUAUAUUGAGAGUGAUCACCCUUCUUCAUCUGAGGAGAAUGUUUCUGAUUUGGUUCUGAAAUCUCAAGUGGUGUCUAGUUCCCUUCAUAAGACUUCACAAGAAGAGAACUUUGGGAAAGGAGAAAAAUUAAACCUAAAUGAAUCUAGUAAAACAGUUCAUGAAAUUUCUGGUAAUGUAAACUCUACUUCAGUAUCGCCGUUAGUAAUCUCCAGUUCUUCACUUGCAUCUUCCCUUGUGAGUGUAACUUAUGGUUCACCAUUCUCUAAUCAGAGUACAUCUCCUCAGAUAAGUCCCACCAUACCUUCUGUGAAGGUUAAUUAUUCUCAACACAGUCCAACCACAUCUCUUUCCAUUAAAAAUCAUCAGCAUGGCACUCCUUCAUCAUCACAGUCACAAGGACAUACUUCAAGCAACAAACAACCUGGCGGGGAACAACAGAAACUUCCUUCUCACAUAGGAAAUGUACACUCUAAAUCUAUUCAACAAUCUUCACCUCCUGGAGUUGUUACUAGUGAUUCUCAGAAUUAUCAUGGCUAUGUUGAUGCUAUGUCAGUAAUGGUUGAUUCCCAACUCCAGCAGCACAAUGGGCAAACUACAUCUAACAUAAACUCUAAAACUCAACAGGUUUCGUCCCUAAAUACUACAUAUCCUAAUGUCAAAUCUAAAGAUUCUUCCCAACCCAAUGUACAGAAUAAAUUGACUAUCAAUAUGGCAAGUAAGCUAUUAAAAGCAUCUGGCAUUAAAGGAAGUAGCAAAAAAGACACAACAGCACUAGCAGCAGGUAGCUCUGAGAAAUCUCAGAAUUCCGAUAGUAAAUCUUCAGCUCAGUUCUCCAAAGAUGAUAGCAAGAAUACAUACUUGGCUGAGUUUCAACGGUAUGCUGCUUCAUGUUUGGUUUCUAAGAGUGGUGCGCCAACACAAAAAGUGAAAACGCAACCAAUUUCAUCUGCAGCUUCAAAGGCUGCAGAUGAGAGAUGUCAGGUGCAACAGCAGCAGCAGCAGCAACAGCAGCAUAGGACUACAAAUCAGUUAUCCCAUUCUUUAACUUCAACUUCCUCUGUGCACCCUGCUGGCAAAAUUGAAACUGCAUCCACACAACAGCGUAACCUGCAUCAGACUCAUUCACAACAACAACAACAGCAGCAGCAGCAGUCCUCAUUGCAGCAUCAAAAACAGCAGCAGCAACAACAUCAAAAACUUCAUCAGCAACAAAAUGUGGUGCAUGGGAUGUCACAAAGCAUAGGUCACUCACAUUCAAAUAAAUCUCAUUUGAGCUCCCAUGCUUCAAAAUCUUGGCGACAGCAGCAACAACAACAGCAACAGUCUUCCCAGCAACACCAUAAUCGCCAUCAACAGCAACAUCAGCAGAAAUCAUAUUCUUCACUUGUGUCAAGUAAACAAUUAACAUCUUCAUCUCAGGUUGUGAAUCCCACAAACUGUCAAAGUUCUCAGCAACAAAAUCACUCGAAAAUUCUUUCACCUCCUCUACAAUUUCAAACGACGCAGCAGCAGCAACAACAACAAACGUCUAGAGCCAUUUCUCCACACACAAGUACAACUUCUCUUGUCAAAGCAGAGUGUUCAAGCAAACACCAAUCUGCUCCCCAGUGUCAGUCAAGUUCAGUGAUCCCUGCCCCUCGACAUUCCCAACCACGCCAAUCAUCUAAUGCUGUUACAAGUUCAAGUUCUUGUAGUAAAUCUGUUAGUAGUUCAUCAUCACAAAGAACACACAACAUUCACUCGUUGUAUUCAACAUCUGCUCAUUCAACUCAAUCUUCAUCACUAAAGCAGCAACAACAGCUGCAGCAGUCUAAAUCUCAGUGUCUCAUUUCUACGGAAAAGAUUUUAACAGCCUCAACAGCGACACACCCUACUUCGGCUUCUUCUCCAGGAUCUAUGUAUAAACUCCCGACAACACCAAAUAUUAGUAGCUCUUCUGGGACUGUCCCCACUCAAUCUUCUUCCUCUGCACUCACAGCUGCGUCAGUUUCACAGCAUCAACAAAAUGUGGCUCGAUCCCAGCAGGGGCAGAACUUGCAUCAUCAACGUACUGGGAUACUGCCUAUGCAUGUGAUGGGGACUCAAGCUAAGAGUAGUAGUAACAGUUGUAAUACAAGUAGUGGUACUACAACAUGUACUACCACCUCUGCCAAUGCUGUAUCAGUGUCCACAUCUCAGGGAAAGUCCUCUGCUUGUUCUUCGUGGAACCUCAGUGGAAGCAAUCCUCAAGUAUCUGCAACUUCUAUAGCUGCUUCGACAGUAGCUUCUGCUUCAGCUUCUAGUAACAGAACUUCAAGUCCUGUCUUUAACUCUACAUCUUAUUUACAGCAGCAGCUCAGCAGUGGUUCACAUCCACAACUGAAGCAGCAACAGGUACAGCAUGGAUCUGUAGCCAGUAAUCGGGUAUCUAGUGCAGCAAAUAUUACAAGGACUGUGUCUGGACUUAACCAGGAGAAUUUACAACCUCACUCAGGAAGUAUUCAUCCAGCUCAAGUUAAUCAAGACAGCAUCAGACACUCUAAAAGUGAGUGAAUCAAAAUGUCUUAUCAGAAAGAUUUUUUGCUAAUAAACAAAUGAUUGUAGAGUUGCUUUCUCUGACUUUCUCCUCACAUCCCGAAGAAUACAAACAUGUAAACAAAAAAUCAAUGAUUCAGAUAAAAGCCUUUAUAGGUUUUAACUGUCAUAUAUAAAUAUUUCUUUCCACACAACUUUACAUUUUGUCUUAUAUGUUUUUGUUUUUUUUCUGUUAGUACUUAAAUGACUAUCAGAUCAGAUUAUUCAUCAGCAUAGUCACUGCCAUCACAUUGUUCAUUAUUUACAAUAUCACUGUUGCUGACUACCAUUACUGUUCACUUUCUAAAUCUUGUGUCAAGAUAAAUUUACACAUUUCCCCUUUUUAGUUUUUCUUCAUAUAGCAGAUUGUUCACCUUCCCCAUAUGUGCAACAAUAAGCUGGGAAUCAUCGAGUAGAUCUCUAACUUUAUUUCACUGUACCCACCAACACCUUGUGUCUUUUUCUCACGGUGCAGCAUUAAACAAAUCUUUUCCUUGAGUACUGUUUUGGUUGGUGACUUUACGUGUAGACCUAAGUGUCUCUCAGCUCCCGUAUUAUUUUGACUUUUCCGGCCAUAUUCAAAUUGUUUUUUUUUUAUUUAUUUUUCUUGUAUGUUCACAAAAAAUACAGGUUUAUAUGUAUAUAGGCAUCAGUUUAUGUGUGUGUGUGUGUACAUAUUUUAAUGUACUCACAUGCUCAUUAAGACAUGUUCAUAAGCAUAUAUGCAGAUUUAUGUACAUGUAAUUGUCGAAUUAUUUGGAAAGGUCUAUCCAAGUAUAAGGCAUAUUUACAUGUAAAAUUUCUGUCUAAUUGAUUUUUCCCUUUUUUUUUUCCUUUUAUCUUUUUCUGAUAACUUUAAAAAUGUAGAUUUGCAAAUAAAAUCAAAUAAGUUCUGUUUGAGCACUUUUUACCAACUAUUUGGAAUAUACAUUGACUUUUGGAUUUGGAAAAACUUUUAAUGGGUAAAAUUAUAUUUUCUUCUAUUAGAUAAUAUAGUGAAUUAAUGCACUGGACUCUGUGUUAAAAAUAAAGGUAUUAAGUGUAAAUUCACGUGUAGGGUAUGUAUGUAUGCGUGUGUGUGUAUAUAUAUAUAUAUAUAUAUAUAUAUAUAUAUACACAUACACACACACACACACAUAUAUAUAUAUAUAUAUAUAUAUAUAUAUAUAUAUAUAUAUAUAUAUAUAUAUAUAUAUAUAUAUAUAUAUAUAUAGGUCAGGGUACUUGAAGAUGGUUGGAAAAUAAGCCAAUCAAGUGUAGAUAGAAACACAAUAGAUGGGGAUAAUAGCUUGGAGUACACCAAGUUAUAAUAGUGAAAUGGUUAGCUUAAGCAUCUUAAUUUGGCGAUCAUUUUACAGACAGCUGCGUAUAAUUCUUUUUUUCCUUUUACUUGUUUCAGUCAUUUGACUGUGGCCAUGCUGGAGCACUGUCUUUAGUCGAGCAAAUCAACCCCAGGACUUAUUCUUUGUAAGCCUAGUACUUAUUCUGUCGUUCCCUUUUGCUGAACCACUAAGUUAUGGGGAUGUAAACACAUCAGCAUCGGUUGUCAAGCAAUGUUGGGGGGACAAACACAGACACACAAACAUACACACACACACACACACAUGAUGGGCUUCUUUCAGUUUCCAUCUACCAAAUCCACUCACAAGGCUUUGGUUGACCCAAGGCUAUAGUAGAAGACACUUACCCAAGGUGCCACGCAGUGGGACUGAACUCGGAACCAUGUGGUUGGUAAGCAAGCUACUUACCACACAGCCACUCCUACACCUACUGUUGACUUUAUAUUGGUAUAUGGCAAUCAUUAAAGAAUUGGUGUUCUGUUACUUAUUUAAUUCCAUUUUAUUUGAGCAAAGAAAGCUGCAAUAAUAGUAAUUUAGAUUGUAAUAUGGGGUUAGGACAGGAUCUUUUGUGAGCAGUGGUUCCCAAAGUGUGUGGUACUGUCCCCUUGGUAGUGCUGGAAAGAUCCAAGGAGCAUUGAAGAAAAAUGGGUUGAUAAUGGGGUGGCCAAAAGGAUGUAAACCAAAAUAAUGGGUUAAUUAGGUUAAGUUUUGUGAAAUAUAGUUGUUGUGAAUUUACUGUUUGUUGGGGGGGGGGGGGCUAGGAAUGUGGCCUAGGCAUCAAGGGGGCAGCAUCCUGAAAAAAUUUGGGAGCCAGUUUUAGGAGGUACAUCCCUGACAUAUUUUAUAAUCUCUCUCUCUCUCUCUCUCCCUCCUGUAGUAUGUGUUUAUUUUCAGGUUUGCAAACAGAUGAUUCAUGUUUGGGAAUAAUGAUUUCUAUACCAUUUAGUGUUUGAACUAAAAAUCUUCAUUUUUGUGCAUAAGUAAAAAGAAGCAAAAAAUACAAUGGAUCACACUAUUAAAAAUAGAGUAAGGUGAUCAAUGCAAUAAAACGAGUUUAGGUUGUGUGGUCUAAUGAAUGCAUACUAACUUAGUAAUAAAUUGCUGUAUGAGAAAUACAAUAAACAUGGUAGAGGAAUACGUACAAUUUUAGAUAUUUAAGUAUAUAAUAAUAAUAAUAAUAAUAUACAAUUCUAAAUUAUCUAGAUUUCAACUUGAGAUAUUUUCAAAAUGUAAUUUAGGUAGAUUUAAUUUCUCAGAUCUUUUGAAAUAUUGUCAUUUUUUAAAAAUUUCGUUAUUCUUAUUUCGUUGUUAACAAAUAAAUAAAAGUAUAAAUAAAGGAUUUGUUAAAAUAAUAAAAUAAAUGAAUAAAUAAAA